CUCUUCUUUUCUUCUUCUCUUUUUCUCUUCUUCUCUUCUUCUUUUUCUAUUUCUACGCAACUGCUGUCUGCGAAGAAUUAUUUUUUUCAACUUUUAUUCAGCAGUUUGGCCUUUUUUUUAAGAUAAAGCAUAUGCUCUGUUUUUUUCCAAAGUGGCUGCUUUAUUAUUUUUUUAAAAUUUUGCUGCAGCUGCUCUUUUAAUUUUACUGCAACUGCUCUGUUAUUGUUUUGACAAUUUGACUUGUGUGACUGAAUUAUUAUUCUAUUUUUUCUUUGUAGUAAGUUGUAUUUUUUUAAUGGCACAAAAAAUGGAUCCAACUUGGGCAUAUGGAAUUGCCAUGGGAAGUAAAACAAAAAUCAAAUGUGUUUUUUGUGAUAUAACAUAUAAUGGCGGAAUAUUUCGUCACAAGAAGCAUCUUAUUGGUGGUUAUAAAGAUGUUAAAGUGUGUUCAAAGGUCCCGAAUAGUGUGAAGGAAGAAAUAAAAGAGUAUUUUACGGAAAAAAAUGAAUUUAAAACUCAAAUGAAUCCUGAAGCAUCCAUGGUGAAUCUUGUUGAUGAUGAUGAAAUGGAUGAUGAAGUUGAAGUGAAUAUGCCAAUGGGGCCUCCCUCAAAAACAAAAAAAAAACCUUCAACUAGUGAAAGUGGGUCAUCCACUGCUAGCAAUGUCAAAGGUCCUCUUAAUUUCUAUUUCUCGCAAAAACCAAAUGAAAAGAGAAAAGGUGGACCUAUUGAUCUAGAGGCUUCUAGCAAGAUUUUACAGGAUCGUGCUGUAUCUGCUUUUGCUAGGUGGAUGUAUGAUGCAGGUUUGCCUUUCAAUUGUGUUUACACCGAAAAUUUUGGUGAAUUCAUUGAGGCAGUAGGCCAAUAUGGCCCUGGAAUGAAGCCCCCCACCUAUCAUGAGGUAAGAGUUCCUUGUUUAAAAAAAGAGGUGGAAAAGACAAACAAAAUUGUAGAAGAUCAUAAGGUUCAAUGGAAAACGUAUGGUUGUUCCAUUAUGAUGGAUAAAUGGACAACAAGGAAUGGGAAAAUGAUCAUCAAUGUUUUGGUGAAUUCUCCAAAAGGAAGUGUGAUCCUUGAAUCUCAUGAUGCUAGUGACUCUUCUACUGACUCUAAUAAGAUGUUUAACUUGUUUGAGAAGACUAUCUUGAAAAUAGGCAAGGAAAAUGUGGUACAAGUUGUGACUGAUAAUGCAAGUGAGAACAAAAAGCGGGUGACAUGUGGAAGGGAGUGUUCCCGCAUAUUUUCUGGACUCCUUGUGCUGCUCACUGUAUCAACUUGAUGUUUGGUGACAUUUUCAAAGAGGCCCCAUAUUCUACAGUUUUUGGUAAGGCUGUUAAGAUACAUUCUUAUAUCAGUCAAAGGGCACUGUUGUUGAAUAUGAUGAGGAGAUACACAAAGCAAAGAAACUUGGUAAAACCUGCUAAGACAAGAUUCGCAACAACUUUUUUGACAUUGCAUAGUUUUUAUAUGCAAAAGAAAAAUCUAAGAACCUUGUUUAUGUCCAUUGAAUGGAAUGAAAGUAUCUAUGCAAAGGAAACUCUUGGGAAAGAAGUUGCGAGACAUAUCAUUAGUCCAUAUUUUUGGAAUGUCACUGUUCAAGCACUUAAAGUUGGUGGUCCUUUAGUUAAUGUACUUCGUAUGGUGGAUGGGGAGAAAAAACUACCAAUGGGCUACAUUUAUGAAGCCAUGGAUAGGGCAAAAGAAAGUA